AUGACACUUGAAGUCCAGUCGGCCGUUAACUCAUUGAGCAACGCUUUGGAGGCAAUCUUGGCUAUCGAUGCGGGCCUAUGGGCCAGGUACACCGAGACUGACAUCGAGAAGUUUUUGGAGGCGUUCUUACCAGGAUCGCAAUGGAAUAGUAACGAACAACUUGCCGCCUUGUUUGAAUACUGUACGGGUCACACACCCGAUUGGAUGCGAACCAGUCUCGCCAAGAAAUAUUGGACUGUCCACGAGAUGUUUGGACUUGAAAUCUGUCUUCUCUACUCUUCCGCCGACGGAGCUCCCCUCCAUCUUCAGCUCCAUCUUCUAGAUAGUGGUACGGUCAUGUGUCUCCUAGUCCACGAUACAGAUCAGGACAACAGGGAUCCGAUAUUUUACGUUCAGGACAACUUGAACACAGAAACACGUUCAUCUUGGUCCGGUCGACAUCACUACACAGUCCAAGAUAUGUCAACUCUCGACUCGAGUCCGAAUCCGCUACCGCUUGUCUCAAGCGCGCCUAAGGAUGUACGAGCAAUUUGGAAGGGAAUAGAAAGGAAUUCUAUCGCUAAGGUGCGAAUCAUUCAAGACUAUCGUACCCCUGCACAACCCUCAAGGCAGCAAUCAAUAUCUGGCCUUUUAUAUAUGUUGGAAAGAACAGGCUGUCAUAUGACGCCCCCUCUUGCCACCGUAUAUCUAUUGCCUACGAACUUGAAUUCGAUCCCACACAUCAAGUCUACUCGUACAGUCAUGAGUCGCGAUCCCUUUGAAACGAAAAUUGACAAGUUCGAUGUCUCCAAAAUUACGGAGGAUUUCGAAAUGCUGGUCAUCGGCCAGCGAAACUUUGUGGUACACUCUGAGCUCGCAAGAGAUAUCUGCGCUGUGAACCGGCUCCAUCCUAAAAAGAAGAUUGGUAGAUAUGACCCGCAGUAUACCGCUAGUCUCGGGCUGGCUCACUUCAGCAAACCCUUGCGGGAUUGCAAAACAACUAUCUCACUGUGCUAA